AUGGUCAACCGAAUCUAUGUAGACGAGGGCAAUGCAGCCAAUAUCCUGCAACUGGCGGCCAUCCAGCAGAUGGGCUUGGAGACAAAGAUCAAUAAAAUAGCCAAAUCGUUGACCAGCUUUAGUGGUGCAACAACGGUUACCGUUGGCACAAUAGACCUAGACGUCUACUCCCCACCUAUAAUCAGUUCGCAAACAUUUAUGGUCAUUAAUGAGGUCUCACCCUACAAUGGCAUCCUGGGCAAACCAUGGAUUGGCAAGAUCAACGCCGUCACCUCUGCCACACAUCAGAAAAUCCGGUACCCAAUUCCUGGUGGCGGUAUCGGCCAAAUCAAUAGCGAUCAAGCAAUGGCGAGGAAAUGCUCUGCCCAAGGGCUGAAGAAAAGCAAACAAGCGCAGUUCCUCCCUCUGAGCCAGGCAUAUCUAAAGGAGGUUGAACAACCGAAUCUUGCUAUCUUAUAA